AGCGAGCGGUUCUUGUGAAGGAAUCCGACAACGCGUGUCUCUGUGUGCGCGCGCUUGUGCAGCCGCGUCACACGGCAAGGAAAUGCGCUGCUCGCAGAUCUCCUGGAUCACUGGAGAGGAGCGGACCGCUCGGUUAGCCAGCCUCGGGGGGACUCUUACUUUCGGGAUGCUAAGCAACUGGACGGACGGAAGGAACGACGGGCAAAGAUCCGCCUUUGCUCCCGUACGUGGAGGCGAAGACGGCGUUCUGUGCGCGCGAAGUUGUUUGCAAUAAAGGAGGGGCGCGCGGGGGGGGGGAAGAGAACAGCCUAUUACGGAGGAGCCCCCUUCUUCCUCGCUUUGAAGGACAAGAUCCGCUACCUACGGGAGCCGAUUGCUCUCGAUCGAUCGGAGGACCAAGGUUCCGAAGAAUGAGCAAAAAGGCGAUUUCCCACCAUAUGUUCAGGCAGAGAGGUUUUCACCCGUUUGGUACAUGCUGGCGGGAUACGCAUAAAGAGAUUACUCAGGAAUGGUGGAUCACUUGCUUCCUGCGGAUGAAUCUUUCUCAUCCACCAGGCCCUCGAUUGGAUACUUUGGGGACAUGACAGCGGUUGGGAGGUCAUACCAAAUGCUGCCUUCCCCAGUGUCUGAAGAUGACAGUGAUUCCUCAAGUUUUUGUUCUUGUUCAAGCCCAGAUUCACAGGUUCUAGGCUCCAGUUAUGGGAGCUCAUCCAGUGCAGAGAAUCAGGACAGUAUCUUGGACUACUUGUUGUCCCAGGCAUCUUUGGGGAGUGGCCAUGCUUCUUGGUGGGAUAAAAGGAGACUUCAACCUAUUGUGAAGGAGGAGAAUUUUAGAAUGCCUGAGUUCAUGCUGGAGAUGGAAGAUUCUGGACCAUUCCAGCCCACCCUUGAGGAGAUAGAGGAGUUUCUGGAAGAGAACAUGGAGAAUGAUCUUAAAGAAGGACCUAAGAGUGAGACCAAAGACAUGAGAGCUUGCAGCCAAAUUACUGUAGCUUCCAUACAGCAAAAAGACCAGAUGGUGCCAAGUAUUAGUUUAAAAGACAGUAAAAAUGAACAAUCAGAUGGUGCAAUGGAAGGUAGCCAUGCAUCUAAUGGAGCAGUGUCCCUUGAUGGAGGGAUACCAGUCAUGCUCCAGAUCCAGCCAGUUCAAGUUAAACAAACAUCAGAUGUGAGCCCUAGUUCACAAGGACCAGUGCAAGAAAACAUUAAAAUUGCACAGCUCUUGGUCAACAUCCAAGGGCAAACUUUUGCACUGGUGCCACAACUUGUUCAAUCAUCCAACUUGAACUCAUCUUCCAAAUUUGUCCGCAUAGCUCCAGUUCCAAUAGCUGCAAAACCUAUCGGUCCAGGAGGUACAAUGCAGGGUCAAACUGGGGUCAUCAUGGGUCAAAAGUUUCAAAAGAAUCCUGCAGCAGAACUAAUUAAAAUGCACAAAUGUACUUUCCCUGGAUGUACCAAGAUGUACACUAAAAGCAGCCAUUUGAAAGCCCAUCUAAGAAGGCACACAGGAGAAAAACCUUUCGCAUGUACUUGGCCUGGUUGUGGAUGGAGGUUCUCACGAUCGGAUGAGCUUUCUCGGCAUCGACGUUCCCACUCUGGAGUGAAGCCGUAUCAGUGCCCUGUGUGUGAGAAGAAGUUUGCACGAAGUGACCACUUGUCCAAGCAUGUCAAAGUCCAUCGAUUUCCGCGAAGCAGCCGCUCAAUGCGCUCAGUCAAUUGAUGUGUCCAGUCCAGUCCUUCCCACUAUCCCUCCAAGAACUGCCACAAGCAGCAUUUGUUCCAGGAUCUUUCUUGUGAUAAUUUAUUACCCUCUACAUAACAGCUGCCGCAAGGACAUCACAUGUGCAUCUUCUUUCCCAUCAGUCACCAACUUGGCCUUUUUCUCUAAUUCUUUUUGCUGCUGCUCUGCUGCUGCUUUUUGAAAAUUACAGUGCUUAAUUUUUAGCCAGUUGAGCUCCAACAUCAUGAUAAUUUAUGGGCAACAUGCUGCUAGUUAAUUACAGUUCCGGCAUUCCUGAGCACUUUGCUCAUGUACAGGGCUAUUCAUUAUGAGUUUUUUU